CAGAGUGAAGUAUGGAACAGAAUGGAAAAGGAAGCAGGUGAUGGGAUCAGCAGGUUAUGUUUUAUGGAUUGAAUUGUUCAGCAGUUGUCAUGUGUGUGCGUGUAUGUCAUAUCACUUCCUCUGAUGACGGCAGGGGGCUGGCCCUGCAGUUGUUUUGUACUGGUUGGAGCAAACGUAACAGAGGCUUAUUUAAGAGACACAAGAGCUCGUUGCUGUUGUAUCUGGACUUAUGGAGGGUAAAACACACUGGACUGCACUGGACUAAACUGGAUUCAUAUGUAUCAAGAUAACUAUGGACUAUAACAUGCUUAUCGUGUUGUAUCUUCUCAAUGGACCAUUAACAGCAUCAGAGUCUUUCUCACAGUCACCUUUCUCACUCAGAGAUCUUGAGUGUGUGUUCUUUGCUCAUGUGAACGUCACCUGUCACUGGACACCUGCUGUGAAUGCUCAACCUGAUACGCUCUACACCAUGCAAGUCAACCAGACAGGGUGGAACAGUGAUCAGUGUAUCUCGUCUCUGCCCCGCUGCUCUGUGCCUGUGAGCUCUCUCAACCGGAUAUACUGUGUUCAGGUCUUCGCACACAGUGACCACCACCCAACGGUCAGCUCUGACACGCUAUGCCUGAACGGCACUGAUGCAGUGAAGCUGCCUCCGCCUGAACAGUUCCAGCUGACCGCGGAGAGCGGGCGUCCACGGUGUCUGAGGCUGCACUGGUUUCCUCCAAAAAACUUCCCUUUAACCACUCAGAAGAUCAACAGCGGCUAUCUGCUGUAUCAACUGCAGUACAGCACAGCAGAUCAGUCUGUUCCACUCAUCCUGGAUGUGGAUCUGAGAGAGAAGCUGCAGUGUGUGUUCUUGCCAUGCUCUCAGUACAGUGUGAAGAUGCGUUACCGCUACAAACACAGCCUGAGCCACUGGAGCGACUGGAGUCUCACUGCUACACACCACACUGACGUAGAGGCACCAUCUUCAGUCCCACAGCUGUGGCAGACAUUUCAGCCAGCAGAUGCUACAGGAUUUAGGCAUGUGACGUUACUAUGGAAGGCGGCACUGGAAUCAGCGUGCACAGCAUGGUUCAAUGUGCAGUGUCCAGCAGCUGUGAAUUUGAGGGACUGUACUAACAUCAGCUUGGCCAACAGGUCCUGCCACUUGACUGUCCCUCAACACACCUAUAUCUGCACGUUCAGCAUGUUCAACUCUGCAGGCUCCGCCCCUCCAGCCUCCAUCACCAUACCCAGCCAAUGGCGGACUGAUCAGAAAUCACUGAUAUCGCUCCGAGUGACCUCACUGGAUGAUUCCAGUCUGGAAGUUCAGUGGGCAGCCGUGGAGUCUCCCACCAUCACUGGCUUUGUAGUAGAGUGGUGUAUUACAGAGAGCACUCAAUGUCAAAGUGACCCUCACUGGCACAGAGUGGACCACAACACUUUCAAAACCAUUAUUACAGAGGGAGUGGAGCCGAACACACCCUACUCUAUAAGUGUGAGAGUGGUGUAUGGAGCGUUGUCUGACCCUGGCUUAACAGUGCUGGCCUAUAUCCGCCAAGCAGCGCCCUCUGCUGGUCCAAAGCUGCACGUUGCAGCGUAUGGCUGCUUAAACUUGGUGCUCCGUUGGAGUCCAGUACCUUUGGCACUUCGCAAUGGUUUUAUUACCAGAUACACCCUGCAUUAUCAGAAUGAGGACAAUGUUACACGAGAGCUUGCCGUGCCUGUGGACUGGCAGCAGUACACUUUCCAUGGUGUAUCUGGACAGUACAGGUUCUAUAUGAAGGCCCACACUAAAGCAGGGAAGGGACCAGCUGGACCUGUUCUCAGUGUGUUCAUAGCGUCGUGUACUUCCAUGCAGACUGCGCUGUUGAGCGGCUGUGUGUUCAUAGCUGGAUUCUGCAUACUGCUCUGUAUGUGCUGGAGAAUGAGAUGGAGGAUAAAGCAGAAUAUCUGGCCCAAGGUCCCUAGCCCAGCUCUCAGCAGCCUUUCUGACUGGCUUUAACAACAGCUACACUGUUCCUGCCUUUACUUUCUGCUGGGAAUUGCAGGGGCUGUAACCAUCCACCAGGGGGCAGAUGACUAAAGGAAAGUCACAGUGAAUGUAAAUAACAAUGUGUAUUAUGUUCAUAAAGAGAUUCUUAUAGACAUAUUAUAGCAUUUCUCCUCACAAAAGUAUAUUUUUGCAGUAUUUAAGGAACUUUAGAAAAUGAAUGUCAAAUUCCUGAUUUUUUUUUUUUUGUGCUACAUUCUAGAGUUAAUAGAAAUAUAAAGACUUUAAUCAGUAAUCCACGUAAUAUAAAAAGAAACAUGUACUUUUUUUGAGGUGCAGUUGUCCUUCAAAGGGCCCUUAUAAUGAAAAAAAAAUACCUUCACAACUUUGUAAAAAACUUCAAAACAUACUAUUCACUCCUCAGAUCAUAUAGUCAUAUAUGGAAACUAAGCUGCAAAUACUGACCCAUUAGGGCUACAGCAGUUUAGCCCCGCCCACUGACACUGAAGUUAUAAGGAGUGUUCCACCUUGAAUCCUAUGUCAAUACAUUUUUCAAACAUGUCUUUGCCCAUCUCAACUCACCCCUUGGAAAUGUGCCAAGUACAGGAAGUGGUCACUCACAGUACAAGAAGAGGGUGGGGGCAGUGAGGAGCACAUUAUUAACAGAACAGUGGGUUUAGCCUCAGUGAGCUAAUCGGUUAGCCAUGCAAUGCAAAUAGUAUUUUUGAGAAGUUUGCACAUAAUGUACAGAAAAUUUGUGAAUACUUGCUUAAUUUGGUCAUGAAAUUUGGUGUAAUACAUCUUUUUGUUGUUGUUAGCCAUGUAACCUUUAGUAUG